AUGGGUGUCAUUGGCAUAGUCAAGGGGCUUACCAACUUUGCUGCCCUGGCCCUUUCUAAUACCAAACCGGCGUUACCUCAGAAGAGGACAAAUGGCGCCUCUCUUCUUGGGACGUUAUUAUUCCCACUGAUUCCUUUCAUGCUUACCAACAACCCUCUUCCUGACGGCUAUCCAUGGGGCAAGCUCACAGACUCGGGGACCAACCCUUAUGUCGAAAACCCACACACGGGCGUGACGAGAUACUACGACUUCACAAUCAGCCGUGGGCUCAUCGCCCCAGAUGGUUAUGAACGCGAAGUUCUUCUUGUCAAUGGUGCCUUUCCUGGGCCUUUGAUCGAAGCAAACUGGGGUGACAUGAUUGUUGUCAAUGUGAGGAACAACAUCACCAACCCCGAAGACGGCACGGCUAUUCACUGGCACGGCUUCCUGCAAACAGAAACCCCAUGGGAAGAUGGAGCACCGGGUAUCUCGCAAUGCCCUAUCCCGCCCGGAACCAGUUAUCGAUACGAAUUUCUUGCCAGCUUGUACGGUUCGACGUGGUAUCAUGCUCAUUACUCUGCUCAAUAUGCUGGUGGUAUUGUUGGACCGAUGGUCAUUCAUGGUCCUACUCAGGCCAAGUACGACGUUGAUCUUGGUCCCAUUCUUCUGAGUGACUGGUAUCACAAGGAAUACCAUGACAUCGUCGAAGAGAUGCUCAAACCCAACGGCAGCCCUCGUGUGGUGUCAGACAACAACCUGAUCAAUGGCAAGAUGAACUUUGACUGCUCAACUGUUGCCCCGGGGGACAAGACGCCCUGCACCAACAACGCUGGUAUCUCCAAGUUCAGGUUCCAAACCGGCAAGACCCACCGUCUCCGCCUGGUCAACACCGGUGGCGAUGGCGUCCAGCGUUUCACCAUCGACGGCCACACCUUCACCGUCAUCGCAGAAGAUUUCACCCCUGUCAAGCCAUACAAAACCAACAUGGUCAUCCUCGGCGUGGGUCAACGCACCGACGUCCUCGUGACCGCCAAUGUCGGCAAACCUGACUCGGCUUUCUGGAUGCGUUCCAACCUGACCAACUGCUCCCCCAACCGUCAACCCAACGCCGUAGCAGCGGUGUAUUACGACAAGGCAGACACAGACAAGGCGCCCACCAGCCAAGCGUGGAACAUCCCCGAGGACCCCUCCUGCACAAACGAAGACCUGGCCAAGACAGAACCGCUGUACCCCAUGGCCGUCCCCAAACCGACAUACACCCAGACGAUGGAAAUCGAGCUCUUCAAGAACGCGUCCGACGUCACGCUGUGGAAGUUCAACGGCGUCUCGAUGAGGACUCACUACAAUGAACCUGUCCUGCUUGUCGCAAACGAGGGGAAUUUCACCUUUCCGAGAGAGUGGAACGUGGUGAACUACUACAGCAACUCGUCAGUUCGGAUCAUUGUGCGGAACCGCUCCGCCGGACCUCACCCAAUGCACCUCCACGGCCACAACCCCUACAUCCUGCACGAAGGGCCAGGCGACUGGGACGGCAUCAUCACCCGCCCUUCCAACCCCCACAGGAGGGACGUCCACAUCGUCCGGGGCAACGGCCAUCUCGUCAUGCAGUUUGACGGGAACCCGGGCAUCUGGUCGUUUCACUGCCACAUCGUCUGGCACGCGAGUGGUGGCUUUCUGGCGAACUUGGUGGUGGAACCGAAAAAGGUGGACUGGCUGAGGAUACCGAGGGAUGUGGAGCGGAAUUGCAAGGCGUGGGAUUGGUGGACGAGGUUUAAUGUUGUGCCGCAGAUUGAUAGUGGUGCGUAA